AUGGCAACUUUAAGAAAUGCUCAAUUCGGUUUUGAUCCCGAAGAUCUCAAACCAAAAUGCACGUCCGUUUACGAUUUGCUAGAAGACCUCAUAAAACACUUUCGAUACCUGAUGGAAGACAACCCAUCUCCACUACAGAAAGGUGUUUCCAGACCAGCACAAGUUUCAUUGACAAAAAUCAAAGAAGCACUAUCAGAAAUUCAGAAGACCGGCCACGAGGAAGUUCUUCCAAGUGCGGAUAAAAAGUACACGCUCGCGCUCAAGCGACAGAUUGAAAAAACCCUGGGUGAUGUGGAUCAUGAAGGGAAGAAUUUCUACGCGGCUGCGCACACAUUCACCUCCGAUCCGUUAAAUGUUGAAAAGCGGCAGACGAUGAUUAGUGCAUCGAGGACGCUGGUGAGGGAAGUCACAAGAUUACUCAUCCUUGCUGAUUAUGUCGACGUCGCAAACAUCGUCGAGCUUGUCAAUAAUGCGGAACAGCUUUUUGCAAAUGUCCGUCAUGCGAAGAAUAAGGGGGACUUCAUGAAUGCAAUGAAAGAACUGGGUGCCAAAUGUGGCGAAAUUUACGUCAAAUCUGGACAAAGGGAAGAUGACAUUCUCCCGGAACAAGAAGAUCAGCGCUACGCCAUCGCCGUUGCCAGACAGAAUUUAAAAGACGCUGGUAUCCGAUUAAUAACUGCUGAAAAUGCAUAUUUUGCAAAUCCGAAGCUUAUCGAGGCGGAGAGGGCGCAAACAGACGCGCGAAGACAGUUCCAGGAGGCGCUCAAACGGAUUGCAGCAGUUAUCAAAGGAGAAAACUUCCAAGGAUACAGCGACGUCGGCAUCAAUGCGGCUGAUCUCACUAUUCCGGCAAACAUUGGUGAAGCAUUAGAGGAUUUUGAUAUGAACAUUCCGGAUCCUAUUGACUUUGAUUACCAGCAAACUCCUCAGGAUCUCCAAUCUCGUCUCGAGAAGCUCAUUGAAGGAGCUGCUGCUAUUGCUGAUCUUGGAUUCACAACUCCGAAUCGGAAAGACCAAAUCGUUUCCAGCUGCGAAGCCGUCCGAGAAGCUCUUACCGGUCUUCUAGAUGACUACAUGAACGCGUCAAAGACUGGUCAGCAGAUAAAUUUCCAAGAUGCAAUCGACAAUUUGAUAGAAAAGAACCGUUGUCUGCGAGACGAACUUCGCCGAGCAGCUGGUGACCAGAUCGGAAACGCAUUUCUCAACGCGCAGGUUCCUUUCCUCAAUCUCUACUCACUCGCGAAAAAGGGAGACAAAUCUGGAGUUGACGAGUAUGCACCUGAAUUCGUCGAACAUUCCGCCCAAAUGGUCGAAUCUGCGAAGAUUUCUGCCUUCACAAUUUCAAAGAACCCAGUGCUAAAGGCUAAAAUUCUCCAAGCCGCGGAGGCGCUUUCCGACAUGAUUCAACCCGCAGUGACUUCAGCAAAGAUGCUUGCUUCGGAUAAUCAACAGAAAUGUUACAUCGAACAUAUGGACGUUGUGAUGAAUGAGUGGGAGCUCAAGCUCGCUAACUUGGUCGAAAGCGUCAACGAGUCCGUCGAACUCGUUGAUUUCCUCGCAACUUCCCAGGAGCACAUUCUCAAAGAAAUCGGGGAUUGUGUUUUGGCCGCGGAAGAAAAAAAUGCCACUGGACUUGACAACGCCGCUGGUUUGAUUUGUGGUCGCGUCCAGAGAAUUUGUGAGGUUGUUUUGGCCGACAUUGAACAAUAUGAGCCCGAUUUUACUACAGAACAAGUCAAGGCAAGGGAAGCAACAGAAGAACUCAAAGGUAUCAACUUGCCUGAAUUCUCAAAAGAAGCCACGGACGGCGUGGAGAACAUCAAUCAAAAUGGCGAAUGCGACAAGGAGGAAAUAAUCAGAGUUUCCAACCAACUCUUUACUGGGGUUAAUGAAGUUUUCAGGGCUGUGCUUCAGACACGAAGUCCCCACGAAUACGCUCAUCUACGUGUUGAGGAUCCUGCGAACAACAGCUUCAGAGAUGAUGGUUCUGUAGCAACUGGUCUUCUGACUGUGGAUACCGUGGAUUCAACCGAACUCGCAGAGCGUGCUGAAGUCAUCGAUGCUUUGACUGAGGAACAACAAGUCGAAAUCAAAGCUGAGAUUGCUGAUUUCCAACAAAUUAGAGAUCAAGCUCACCAGGAGUUUGAUCGAUGGGACGAUGACCAGAACGAUUUGAUCACGAUUGCCAAGAAAAUGUCGUCAAUUAUGAAGCAAAUGACUGAUUACCAGACAGGCGAAGGGCCUCUCCAGACAAACAGGGAACUUAUCAAGGCCGCGAAGAAGCUUUCAGAAUAUGGAACAAAAUUGAACAACAAAGCUGCACCAAUUGCGGAAGAGUGUAAAGACAAAAAUCUGUCGAACAAUUUGAAGAGUCAUUUGGCAAAGAUCGACCCUCUUCAACAUCAACUGAAACUCCUUUCUCGAGUCAAGCAAGAAGUCGAGUCUGUCGCUGGGGAUUUGGUAGUUAGUGGCUUGGAAUCUGUCAACUCUCUCGUGCAAAAUGCAAAGAAUCUUUUGCGAGCUGUUCUGGAAACUGUGCGAGCUGCUCAUACUUGCUCUAUUCGACUUGAAGCAUCCCCGGUAAUCUGGCGACCAAAAGUUCCUAAUAAAGUUCCUUUGAUGGCAACGAAAGAUCCCAACCAAAAAGAAAAAUCGCGCAAAAUUGUGCGACGAGAAACGAACAAAUUGAAAAAACAAGAAAACACGCUCAUGGAUUUCAUUAAUAUCGACUAA